ACCAUUUUCCCGCGUUUUCAUUCAACCAUCACCAUUAUUUUUUCCCUUCCAUUUUCCAUUUUUCUUUUCAACUCCCACUUUACUUCUUUUUAACUUCCACGAAUAUUAUUUUAACAGGUGCUUGUAGUAAAAAUAAAUUAAUAAUAAAAUACAAUCCCAUUUUAAUUAAAAAAAAAAAAUGGAUCUAAACGACGCCGUCCUAACCUGUGCCACAAACAUUCAAUGGACAAAUUCCGUUGGUGUCACCGGACGUAAAUUAGUCUAUCGUUCAGCCACACUUCGUCUCGUUCGCAAUGAAUUACGAGAAAUUUUCAUUGAAGUGUCGACUGAAAAAUCCAAACCCAUUAAAUUCAAAUUAAAAGAAGUCAUGAUUCAUAAAAAAUUCAUGAACGAAGGCAAAGCUACUUUUAAUUUCAAAGCCGAAAACUGUUCAAUGUUUUUGUCAAAUGCUCCUCCAGGAACUUUAAUGAAUUUCUUAAGAAUUGUUUUUAUAAAAUUGAAUUCCUCGCCAAAUGAAAAUCUAGAUGAGGCAACGAUUCAAAAGAAUCUUCGCGCCCAUUUGUUAUCCGGGAAACCAAGUACUUUUGAGGAAGUUAGCCCAGUGACAACGGCUGAAAUGGUUUUGGCCAGAAAGGCAGCUGGUAUAUCGAAAACCACUGUGACCACACCUUCUCCCAAGGCGGUCAAAAAGAGGCGUUUCGAUGAGCUUCGGUCGGAAGGAAGUUCUUCCGCUCCGGCGGCUAAAAAGCUUUAUCAACCUUCUCCGCUAACCGAGGAGAGUGUUAAACUCUGCCAGGAGCAGACUGAAGUUUUGCAAGCUUGUGUCGCUGGGAAGAAUAUCUUUUUUACGGGUUCGGCGGGAACAGGAAAGAGUUUUCUUUUAAAGAAGAUUAUUUCAGCUUUGCCGCCAGAUGGAACUAUUGCUACGGCUUCUACUGGAGUGGCAGCUUGUUUAAUUGGUGGAGUAACAUUGCAUGCAUUUGCUGGAAUUGGAAGUGGCGAUGCUAGUUUAACACGUUGCAUUGAAUUAGCAUCGCGGGCUGUGUCCUCGUCGAAUUGGAGGAAAUGUAAAAGACUGAUUAUUGACGAAAUAUCAAUGGUUGAUGGGUUGUUCUUUGAGAAAAUCGAAGCCGUUGCCCGUCACGUGCGAAAGAAUGACCGACCUUUUGGUGGGAUUCAAUUGAUUUUAUGUGGGGACUUCCUGCAACUUCCGCCUGUGGUCAAACGUGAAGACUACAAUAAUCCCCAAACAAAUAACCAACGUUUUUGCUUUCAAUCGAGUGCCUGGGAGAAAUGCAUCGAGCGUGUGUUUGAACUGAAAGAAGUCCAUCGUCAAAGUGACCCAGAAUUUGUGAGAAUACUCAAUCAUCUGCGGAUUGGUCAUGUCAGUGAGGAUAUCACCAAACGUCUCAUGACUACGUCGAAGCAGAAAAUUGAAGGUAAUGGAAUUUUAGCCACCCAAUUGUGUUCACAUACCAACGAUGCCAAUUCUAUCAAUGAAUCUAAGCUGGAGAACCUCGAAGGGGAGAAAGUCCUUUUCAAAGCUGAGGACAGUGAUGCGACAAUGUCGAAGACGCUUGAUGGUUUAGUGCAAGCUCCAUCGCAGCUAUAUUUGAAAAUUAAUGCCCAAGUUAUGUUGUUGAAAAAUAUUAACAUUGCAGCUGGUUUGGUAAAUGGUGCUCGAGGAGUUGUGGUCAAAAUUGAUCGAGGAGUUCCAACAGUUCGCUUCAAGAACAAUCAGGAAUAUGUGUGUAAACAUGAAAAAUGGAUGAUCAAGACUGCAACUGGUGGAAAUGUUACCCGCAGACAGGUGCCUCUUAAACUAGCAUGGGCUUUCUCUAUUCACAAGUCACAAGGACUCACACUUGAUUGUGUUGAAAUGUCUUUAUCAAAAGUCUUUGAAGCUGGACAAGCUUAUGUGGCUCUAAGUCGUGCCAAGAGUUUAGACAGUGUAAGAAUACUUGACUUUGAUGCAAAACAAGUUUGGGCGAAUCCACAGGUUUUGCAAUUUUAUAAAUUAUUCCGACGACGUUUGCACGAUACCACAAUGAUUCCACUUGGCAAUAAGAAUACAAAAGCUAAGAAAGAUAAUAAUGGUGGCAAUAGUGCUUUGGCAAAAUUGAAAAAGAGUCUCAUGAACAAACCAUUGGUGUCGAUUGGUUAAAUUAAAUUUUUUAAAUUCUUGACUAAGUUUAAUUUAAAUAUGUAUUCUCGUCUAAUUUAAGAUCUUAAAAAAUUCCUUAGGUUUAAGAUUGAGGUAAAAAAUAUGUAUAUUUCUUUUGUUCUUGGUAGCAAAUUGUAUUGGAAAAGUAAAAGAACAAAGAAGAGAGAACUGGGAAUAAAGCUAAAUAUUUCAUUAUAAA